CAACACUAGCAUACAACCACUAAAACCUCAAGCAAUGGAGCUUUUCACAAUCUUCUCCAUUGUUGUUUCUUCCCUAAUUCUCUUCACUUUUUGGUCACUUAAGGUUCCAAAAAACCUGCCACCCGGUCCUCCAAAGCUCCCGAUUAUCGGAAACAUACAUCUACUCGAUAAAAUAGCCCCCCACCGAAACCUUAGAAACUUGGCUAGGAAAUAUGGUCCCAUCAUGCAUUUACGGCUCGGGCAAGUGUCUACCGUGGUCAUAUCCUCACCACGGUUAGCCCACGAGAUCAUGAAGACCCAAGAUCUCAGCUUUGCGGACAGACCCACAACCACAACAUCUCAAAUAUUCUUUUAUAAAGCUUCAAAUAUUGCAUGGGCUCGUUAUGGGAAUUACUGGAGACAGAUGAAGAAGAUUUGUACUUUAGAGCUCCUCAGUGCCAAAAAAAGCCGAUCGUUUUUCUAUAUUCGAGAGGAGGAGCUUACUCGUACUUAUAAGUUUCUUGAUUUUUCUUCUGGUACACCUAUCACUCUUAGGGAUACAAUCCAAGAGAUGGUUAAUAAUGUGGUUAGCAGGGCUACGUUAGGCGAUGUUAGCGAAGACCGACAGUUUAUUAUCGAUUCUACGUAUACUAUGUUGAAGUCAUUCAACUCUUUUAAUUUGUUCAAUUAUUAUCCUAGUUUGAGUUUUAUCAAUGUCAUUUCUGGGAAGCAAGCUCAGUGGUUGAAGAUGCACAAGGAAGUUGAUGUUAUCUUGGAAAAAAUCUUGAGGGAACACAGAAGUAGACCACGUGGCAAAAAUGAUCAUGAAGAUCUUGUUGAUGUCCUUAUAAGGAUCAAAGAGACCGGUGAUCUAGAUAUGGCCAUUACUGAUGACAAUAUCAAAGCAAUCAUUCUUGAAAUGUUGACUGCGGGGACAAGUUCGUCUUCAAUGACAAUCGAAUGGGCAUUUACUGAAAUGAUGAGGAACCCGAAGAUAAUGAAGAAAGCGCAAACGGAAGUGAGAUCAGUGGUGAAGGGCGAUAGAGUCACGGAGGCCGACAUACAAAAUUUGGAUUACACAAAGUUGGUAAUAAAGGAAACAUUGAGGUUGCAUGGUGUGCCUAUUUUGGUUCCUAGAGAGAACCAGGAGGAUUGUGUUGUCAAUGGAUAUGAUAUUCCAGCCAAGACUAGGUUACUUGUAAACGCUUGGGCAUGCGCAACAGACCCCGACAGUUGGGAAGAUCCUGAUAGCUUCAUACCCGAGCGAUUUGAAAACAAUUCGAUUGGUUAUUCGGGUGCUGACUUCGAGUUCAUUCCGUUUGGUGCUGGCAGGAGAAUAUGCCCGGGUAUGAACUUUGGGAUGGGUACGGUUGAAUAUGUUGUUGCUAAUUUGUUGCUGCAUUAUGACUGGAAGCUUCCUGAUGGAAUGAAACCUCAUGAUAUUGAUAUGAGAGAAAUUACUGGGAUAUCUACACUGCCUAUACAUCCGUUAAAGAUUGUCCCUAUCUCCCUGUCAAAGUAAAACUAGAAAGAAGUCAUGAUAAUAAUGGGAUGGAAUGAAGGCUGAAUUUUGUAACAUUAAUAUUGUUGUUUACUGUAUUGUUAUUGUAUCAAGUGUUUGUUUUCUUCGUGUUUUACAAGAAUAAUACACGUUGGUCAACGUUUAAUGCCUAA